CGGCCGUCCUUGCGGCGCGCCAUGGACUUCAACAUGAAAAAGCUGGCGUCGGACGCGGGCAUCUUCUUUACCCGGGCGGUGCAGUUCACAGAGGAGAAAUUUGGCCAGGCCGAGAAGACCGAGCUUGAUGCCCACUUUGAGAACCUUCUGGCCCGGGCGGACAGCACCAAGAACUGGACGGAGAAAAUCCUGAGGCAGACGGAGGUGCUUCUGCAGCCCAACCCCAGUGAGUGGACUGGUACUGGUCCUGGGGCGAGGGCAGGAAGCUGGUGGCAGAGGCUAGCAGGUGCCCGAGUGGAGGAGUUCCUGUACGAGAAGCUGGACAGGAAGGUGCCCUCUCGGGUCACCAAUGGGGAGCUGCUGGCACAGUACAUGACAGAGGCGGCCGGCGAGCUGGGGCCCACCACUCCCUACGGGAAGACCCUGAUCAAGGUGGCAGAGGCUGAGAAGCGCCUGGGAGCCGCAGAGCGGGAUUUCAUCCACACGGCCUCCAUCAACUUCCUCACGCCCCUGCGCAACUUCCUAGAAGGGGACUGGAAGACCAUCUCGAAGGAGAGGCGGCUCCUCCAAAACCGGCGUCUAGACCUGGACGCCUGCAAAGCCCGGCUGAAGAAGGCCAAGGCCGCGGAAGCCAAAGCCACGACGGUGCCUGACUUUCAGGAGACUAGACCUCGUAAUUACAUUCUCUCGGCCAGCGCCUCCGCGCUCUGGAAUGAUGAGGUGGACAAGUCCGAGCAGGAGCUCCGAGUGGCCCAGACAGAGUUUGAUCGACAGGCAGAGGUGACCCGUCUCCUGCUGGAGGGAAUCAGUAGCACUCACGUGAAUCACCUUCGCUGCCUCCAUGAGUUUGUUGAAUCUCAGACAACUUACUAUGCGCAGUGCUACCGCCACAUGCUGGACUUACAGAAACAGCUGGGCAGAUUUCCAGGCACUUUCGUGGGCACCACAGAGCCCGCCUCCCCGCCCCUCAGCAGCACCUCACCCACCACCACUGCGGCCACUAUGCCUGUGGAGCCUUCUGUGGCUGGCCUGGCCCCUCCGGGAGAGGCCGCGCUCUGCCUGGAGGAGGUGGCUCCACCCGCCAGCGGAACCCGCAAGGCCCGGGUCCUCUACGACUACGAGGCAGCCGACAGCAGUGAGCUGGCCCUGCUGGCUGAUGAGCUCAUCACUGUCUACAGCCUGCCUGGCAUGGACCCCGACUGGCUCAUUGGCGAGAGAGGCAACAAGAAAGGGAAGGUCCCUGUCACCUACUUGGAACUGCUCAGCUAAGCAGGCCCCCUCCCAGGCCCCUGCUUGUUCUGGCCUGGGCAGGAGAGGACGGGUGCAGCCCUGCCAUCUGUCUUGUCUGUUGGUGACCUAGCUGCUCAGGGUGGGGAGACUAACCCCUUCCUGUCCCUGCCCCUGGUCAUCAGCUGCGAGGGGCCCAGAGGCUAAAUGAUUCCAGCUCCUCCCCUAGCCCUGCUUCUGACCUGGUUCUGGAGCCCCCAACCCUGCGUGCGUCCCGAGCACUCCAGCCCUCCCAGCUCUUGCUAAGGAGGGAGGGGCUGGCUACAGUCGCUGCACUCAGCACCUCAGCCCGAGGGUGGUCCGCAUAGAGGGCCUGAGGGAGCUUUGCGGUGCUCCCUUGGCCAGGGAGCAGCUGCCUUUUAGUUGCCAAAACCAGAGAAGGGGUAAGGGCAGGCAGGUCUGUGGCAGGCCCCAGGGAAUGGGUGCUGUUCCCUCUGAAUGACCUGGAGUGGAGGGGAGCCUGGCUGGAGAGGCAGGGCUGGGCCACGGAGCGGCUUCUCCCCGGUGCUACCCUCCCCUCGCACCCUACAGCUCAAGCCAAGUACAGUGGCUGCAGCCUGCACCUCUCCACACUCACUUUUUAACUGAUCUUUUUACUCUGCCUGUCUGCUUGCGCUCUAGCCAGUGACGAGUAAUAAACCGUCCUUCGCGUGCAUGUUGCCUGGCUCCUGUCCGGGGUCGUGGACCUCACGGGGCUGACCCUGAGGAUGGGAAAGGGAAGAGAAGCCUUCACAUUUGCCCCAUUCCAACUUCCAGGCAGAGACUGACGCACAGAAAUGCUGUUGGCUCUCCUCCCAGAAGCACUAGGGCAGAGGGAAAAGCAAGUUCUUUCAAGUACCGCUCACAGCACUCCCCUUCUCCCACAGGGCCUGUGCUGCUCAGAUGGGAGUGAGCACAGUUCCUAUACCUGACACUGCAUAGUGGACACUGUAUUACUAAGACAGACUUUCCUAAAUUUGGGCAGAGUAGAAUGGACUAUAAAAGCGCGUGAUGGUUUAAGCUCCA